AUGAAUAAAACUGGCAUCUCAUUGAAUGAUCCAAGAUUGGCAGAAUUUACCAAAUCAAUUAAUCAAUUACAAAAUAAUAAAAUUAAUCAAAAUGUCAUACAACAAAGUAAAUCAUUAAUAUUAGAUAGAGAAAAAUUUCGAAUUGUAGCUAAAGAAAAUCUCCACAUGUUGCUACGUAUUAUGAUCAAUGAUUUUUGUAUACCAGAUUUUGAAUCAUUCACAAGGGAAAUUCAAACAGUUUUUAAUUUAUGCAAAGCAAAUAAUAGUGGUCAAGUGGCCAGUUAUAUACCGGAAUUAAAAGAAAUGAAUCCAGACUAUUGGGGUUUAUCAUUAUGCACUGUAGAUGGACAACGUUUAUCAAUGGGUGAUAGUCAUCAACCAUUUACCAUACAAUCAGCUAGCAAACCAAUCACGUAUGCAUUAGCUUUAACUGAUUUAGGUCCACAACAUGUACAUCAAUACGUUGGCUAUGAACCAUCGGGGCUACCAUUUAAUCAAAUUUCAUUAAAUCCUAAAAAUAAACCACAUAAUCCAUUGAUAAAUUCUGGUGCUAUAGUUAUUUGUAGUAUACUACAACCAAAUUUAAAUCCUUCAGAACGUUUUAAAUAUGUUGAAAAUAAAUUUAGUCAAAUGGCUGGUGGAUUACCAAUAGGAUUUAAUAAUGCUGUGUAA